AUUCAUUUUCUAAAUUAAAACCAAAACUUGGAGACGGCUAUUUAGGCGAAGGGCAGACGCUCUGGAGCUCUUUCUUCUCUUUGUUUUCUGCGUUUGGGGCUCCUCAUCGCCUCACUGUUUCUCUCAUUUUUUUUUCUCCAUCGUCGUCUUAGAGCGAGAGAGAGAGAGAAUCAACGCUGGCCGCUCCUCCAAACGUCUAUUGAACUUGCGAUCACAAUCUCUAAUUUCUUCCCAGGUGAGGAGAUGUCUACAUCAGAUGAAGAUAUCACUAGGCUACAUAGAAUUAGAAGAACUGUGAUGCAAAUGCUGAGGGAUCGAGGUUAUUUUGUUGGGGAAUUUGAAGUUAAUAUGACAAAAAGACAAUUUAUUGACAAAUAUGGGGAGAACAUGAAAAGGGAAGAUCUUGUUAUCAACAAGGCAAAGCGGGAUGAUAGCUCUAGUCAGAUUUAUGUUUUCUUUCCUGAGGAGCAGAAGGUUGGGGUUAAGACGAUGAAGACUUACACAAAUCGGAUGAAGUCAGAAAAUGUUUUCAGGGCAAUCUUGGUUGUCCAACAGAACUUGACGCCCUUUGCCAGGACAUGCAUAAAUGAAAUAUCUGCAAAAUUCCAUUUGGAGGUUUUCCAGGAGGCUGAAUUGUUGGUCAACAUUAAGGAACAUGUUCUUGUUCCUGAGCAUCAAGUUCUUGCAGAUCAAGAGAAGAAGACUUUGCUGGAGAGGUAUACUGUCAAAGAAACACAGCUACCUCGGAUUCAGGUGACAGAUCCAAUUGCAAGAUAUUACGGGCUGAAACGUGGGCAAGUUGUGAAAAUAAUCCGGCCAAGUGAGACAGCAGGCCGAUAUGUCACCUAUCGAUACGUUGUAUGAGCUUUCUUUAGCACUAUAUUUUAUUGAAAUCCUCUUAUCUCUCAGUUUUUGUUAUAGAGUUGACUUUUUUGUUUUAGUUGAGGCCUUGAACGGUAGGGUACUCUCAAACUAUAUGGUUGACAUAAAUUGACGAAAUGUAACCAUGAUGCUGCCAAACUUUGGUGGAACUCUUUAUUUUCGUUCUUCUUUUUUAAAAUAAAAACAUAGAGGUUAGAUGAACUA